AUGAAAACUCUUGUUCUUUAAUACCCCAAACAAAAAACCAUGUAUAACCCAAGCAAACCUGCUGUUAAAAUCGAGGCCAACAAUCAAUUCUUAUAGUCUCAUGAUCUCAAAGUCUUCAAUCAGAAAACUUUAAAUGUUGUCGAUCGAUUGUAUUAAUAAGAAGAAAAGAAGAGAAACAAAAUCCAAAAACUAAAACAAGAGAAGGAAAGAUCUCUGACGCCAACCAAAGUCUGCUUUGUUAGCAAAAAGUCCCAAUAGAUUCUCGAGAAUAAGAAUCUCAAACCAUUCUUGGAAAGACAAAAUGAAUUAGUUCAAGAGAAGAAGAUGAGAGUUGAAUUGCAGAAGAUUCUGGCUACUCAAGAAUAGGAGGAGGUGGAAUCCUAUAAGAUAUUACCAUCGAGAUCGCAUUCUCAAUUCAUCAAGGAUUCUGAGGAUUGGGUCUAGUACAAGGAGUUUAAGAAAUAACAAUUAGCAGAUGAGAUCUAGAACCAAAAUGAGCAAUCAUUCAGACCCUUAAUCAAUCCCAAAUCUGCAGAGUUAGCCGAAAGGAAAAUGAAAAAGAGCGGACUCUAUUUGAUUGAUUAAGCUGAUAGAUUGGCUAUGCCCAUACGGCAAAGUUUUAGUUUCUAAAAAGAAAAUUAUAGCUUUUCACCUUGUAUCAAUGCAAAAUCCAGAUAGUUAGCCAAUAAGUACAAGUUUUAAAGGAGUUAGUCACCUUGGAAUUAGUAUUGA